AUUUGUCCUGUUUAAGUCUUCUUUUGGUUAAGACUAUCAUUAUCCUCCGAACUUGAACUGAACUGAGCUCUAUCUUGUCUGAAAUGGAGGAAAUUCAGCACAAGUACAUAACCGUACAAGGCCUAAAGCUCCACGUAGCCGACAUCGGAACAGGUUCCAACGUGGUCGUGUUCCUGCACGGCUUCCCGGAGAUUUGGUACUCGUGGCGGCACCAGAUGAUUGCUCUGGCCCACGCCGGCUUCCGGUCCAUCGCGCCCGACUACCGUGGAUACGGACUCUCCGACUCGCCUCCCCAACCCGAUAAGACCUCCUACCGUGACCUUGUCAGCGACCUCCUUGGAAUUCUUGAUUCCCUUGCUAUUCCUAAGUUUACACAGGUUUUUCUCAUCGCAAAAGAUUUUGGACCUCGGCCAGCAUAUACAUUUGCUCUUCUACACCCCGAGAGGGUCUUGGGAGUUGUGACAAUGGGAGUGCCGUACAUGCCGCCAGGCCCUCGUGCAUUCGAGAAACUCCUCCCUGAAGGUUUCUACAUUUCAAGAUGGCAGGAGCCUGGCAGGGCAGAGGCUGAUUUUGGGCGACUUGAUGCGAAAACAGUUGUCCGGAAUGUUUACAUCCUGUUCUCCAGAAGUGAAAUACCAAUAGCUGCAGAAAACCAGGAGAUCAUGGACUUGGUGGAUCCAUCUACCCCUCUUCCCCCUUGGUUCACGGAGGAAGAUCUUGCAGCAUAUGGAGCUUUGUAUGAGAAAUCGGGCUUUGAAACUGCACUGCAAGUUCCAUAUAGGGCACUUAGAGAAGACCCCGGCAUAACAGAUCCAAUUGUUAAAGCUCCGGCGCUUUUCAUAAUGGGAGGCAAGGAUUAUGUGAACAAGUUUCCCGGGAUGGAGGAUUAUAUAAACAGUGGAAAGGUGAAACAAUUCGUCCCCAAGUUGGAGAUUGUAUUUCUGCCUGAAGGAACGCAUUUCGUGCAAGAACAAUCACCAGAAGAGGUUAAUCAGCUGAUCAUCACCUUCCUUGGAAAGCACAUUUGAUUGGCAAAGAAGAAGUAUUAUCCAUGGCUUUAAAGAGGUCUAUGUGAAACCUUGGGAAAAUGAUGCAAUUGGGUGUAGAAUCUUAUACAUAAAAUAAACUUUGGAAUUUGUUGUGGCAUGUAACGUUUGAAUGUUUGUCAAAUACUUACAAUAAUGCAAAUGCCAUGAUACUCAUUGUUCCAGU